AUGGAUUCUAGCGAUAAGCGUAAAAACUGGAAACCUACAGCAUAUACACGAAUCUGCUCGGAACACCUUCUUGAUGGUGUUGGGCCUAAUUUUGUUCACAGUAAUAAGAUUCCAACUGAGAACCUAGCACAGCGACCAAAGACAGUAGCAACUAAAUCGAGAAGAGUUUUACUUCAGAUUAAGCCUGAAACCUGUGAUGUUGGUUUUGGAACAUGUAAACCUGAGAUUACUAUAGAAGACGUCCAUUACUCUGAGGAAAAGAUACAGUUUUAUACAGGACUUCCAAACUAUCACACAUUUGAAGCUUUAUUUACCACUCUUACUAAUUUAGAUAACAAUACCCUUUCUAGUGGAACAGGUCGGACGCGAAAACAUAGACCAGUUGAUUAA